GUAGCGUAGAUCCCACUAUAGUUACGAUUAAAGAAAUAUACCGGCUUUUGCACGUUUGUUUAUAUCAACAAAUUUUUGCGAUGCUGGGCAGAAUCAAAGAUUAUUGCUAUUUUAUGGCAUGGUUUUGCAUCCUGGAACAUUUCCGUUGCAACUGUGUCUUGUGGAAAUGUCCAGUUGGUGCUGAGAUUUGCGACGCCCAAGGGGAACAAUUUGAUGCGAAACAAAACUUAUACGUCCUUCUCUGUCGAAAUGAAUCCAGACAGCACUCUCCCGGAUUAGCAAAGCGUCUCAUUAAUAUCGAUAUUAGAAAUGCGAAGAUAUUCACGAUUUGGACAGUUGAAUCCGAGACAGCGGGAAGAGGUGGAGACUUGCAAGCAAUGGUCGCCAAUUUUAGAAAUAUUUUUAACGGACAUGCGUCUACUAAGUGCAUGGACGACGCCUAUGAACUGAUGAUCACGAUUCAACCGGGGAGCGAAUCUGAUGAAUUUGAAUUCAAUUCUGACGAAAGCUACAGCCUUGUGAUACACACCGAUGAUCGCACCGAAUACGUUAAAAUAAUAAUUACCGCACCUACAAUUGCUGGCGCGACAUAUGCUAUGGCCACUUUAACAGAGCUGAUUUUGACGUAUCAACAAAACAACCAAACCUGCCAUGCUAUCAUCGGCGAUUGUCGCAUCAUUCAGACCUUCGGGCAGCAAACGCAAAGUUUCAGAGAUCUGUGACCGGCGACUGGUGGUGAUGGUGAACGCAACAAAAUAUUUGACUAUUGUUUGUUUCGAAUAAUAAUUCUGUAAUAUGUAACAAUAAAGAAUAAGAAGAUGAAUUUGUUUCCGGAAAUUAAG